AUGCCUCGCAUGGACGCGUCUGCGGUCGCGAGGAACGUUGUGCAGGCGACCGCGUCCCCGCUCCAAGAGCUAGAGGCGAAGUACGAGGCAGUACUGGCGGAGAACGAGGACCUCAGCCACCAGCUCAGGCUGGAGCAGCUGCAGCGUCAGCGCUAUGAAAAGGUAUACCAUCGGGUUCAGGAGGAUGCGCAGAGCGACCGACAAAGCCCUCAGCAAAUGUUUGCCCCGACAGAGUCGUGUCCCGCAGGAGUUGGUCGGCAUCGCGUCACAGGAGACGCCACUGCCAUAACGACUCCAACAGUCCGAAGCGAUGAUCGGUUCCCCGAAGCGGCCGGCGACCUCACAACUUUCGGCACCGAUGCGAAUGAGCGCGUGAGAAGACUGGAGCAGGAGUGCGCGUACCUGCAGGCAAAGGUGGAUAGCCUACGCCUUUCCUUUAGGCAGUACGAGCGCGGAGGUGGAGAGGGCACCGGCGACGGUUCGCCGCAUGAUGCUUCGCCGGUCCGUCCUCGAGAGCAUGCGCGGCGUCACUGCGCUGACAACACCAUCACGGAUUCCAAGGCACUGGAGGCGGAGCGAGCGGGUCGCGCCCUCGCCGAAGAGCAGCUUACUCGCUGUCACGCCACUUUGCGCUGUCUUCGCGAUGACGCUGCCCGGAAAGAAGUCUUCUUCCACACCCAGCUCGCCGCCCUGCAGGCGCAGAACGCAGCGCUGCUCGAGGACUUGGACGCGUGGGUGACGGCGGAGCAACGGCUGAACAUGACAGCCGCAUUUUCUCCUCAUUUUGCAGACUCUUCUCCAGGGGCCCCGCUAGCGCCCGCAGCGACUUCUACCAGCUCACUAACGAAAGCAGAGACGAUGCCGGCGCCGCCAAAUCACCAGAUAACUACCCUGUCUGCGGACUUCCUCGCCAAUCGUGUGGACGCGUCAAUCCUUCGUCAGCUAGAACGUCGGACCAAAGGUCAAGAAGGUCUAGCGCGUGCCAAGGGUCGCACAAUCGUGCAGUCGAAGGGGCGAGCACGGGAGGUGGAGAACGCGCCAGCAGUCGCCGCAGGUGCAUUGGAGAGCACCCCAUCGCCGACGGCGACCGUAACAGUUUACCUCGACGAUCUCGAGCAGCUGUGCGGCGACGCCCAUGCACUGGAAACGUUGGUACACUACUACAUCGCUGCACCGGCGGAGCAUGGCGUAUUCGCUCCAUCCGUCCGACCGACCCACACCACCACCGCUGACGCAGCACCGUCGGCUGUCUCCGACAUCAGCAUGACUCUCCGCUUUGUGCGCGAAGUCCUGCCAUAUGUGCUGAGCCACCCGUCACGCACUGCGUGCCCUUCAUCGGCUGUGAAGGUGCUGCAGCCGACCACCGUCGCUGAGGCCCAUCGCAGCGGCGACAUCCUUUCGGACGCGGCCGAAGAGCUCGCCGAUCUCAUGCAGCGGCACACGACCUCUACGCACCCAUGA